UACAGAGUACAAUUUAGCCGUCCACUUUUUCGGUUGAUAAUUGAUAUUUGUUUACGCCGUGAGCCGUCGCCUUUCAUACCUCAUACUAAUAUAGUUGUUUGUUAUACGCGAACGUCGAAUUGCUAAUUUUUAUCCGUUUCCAUCGGACCGAACGUUAAAUUUCAGCAAAAUGGCAGAUUUAGAUGAUCAGUUAUUGGAAACUGGCAUUGAUUUAUCAUCAGAAGAACAAAAUGCUCAAAUUAAUAGCGAAAACAAUAUAACAUUUGAUUUGAUUGAAAAUGGUCAGUCAAACAAUGCAGAUUCUCAAACGUCUGCUGAUUCUGACUUGGAAGUUAUUAGAGCACGUGUACGUGAGAUGGAAGAAGAAGCAGAGAAAUUAAAAAAGCUGCAGUCGCAAGUUGAUCAGGAAAUGUCAAAUACACCAGUUCUUUCCGCUACUAAUUCUACAAAAACAAGUGCUACCUACAAUUUAUCAGAACAAGAAAAAGCUGAAGCUGAUGCUAGAUCUGUUUAUGUUGGAAACGUAGAUUAUGCAGCUACAGCAGAAGAAUUGGAAGCACAUUUCCACGGCUGUGGAUCUAUUAACCGAGUUACAAUAUUAUGUAACAAAUUUGAUGGUCAUCCGAAAGGAUUCGCAUACAUAGAAUUCGCUGAUAUGGAUUCUGUUAACACUGCUAUGGCAAUGGACGACUCUCUUUUUAGGGGGCGUCAAAUUAAAGUGAAUCCAAAGAGAACUAACAAACCUGGUAUUAGUACAACUAAUCGUCCCAUAGCAUCCAGAGGUAGAGGUAUGUACCGAGGACGACCAAUGUCACGUGGUAGCGCACCAACUGGAUUCUAUGGUGGCUAUCGGCCAAUACGUAGGCCAAGAGGAGGUUACUCCAGGCGAGCAAUGUAUUAUCCAUACUGACGUUCAUAAUAAAGCCAUCAGUACAUUUUUUGAUAAAUAAGUCAAAAUAAAUUUAACAAGUUAAAAACAAGGAAGACUUAGCUUUAGUAAAAUAAGUGUUUGACCUUUGUACAUAAACAUAUAUGACAAAUUAUUACAUAG